CCGGGGGCCGACCGAUCCCUGCCCUGUCCGGCGGCGCCCGCGCUGAGUCCCGCGGCCAUAGCCGCGUCUUCUGUCGGCUCCGCCACCAGCCGGGGCUCGGGCCCGGGCCCGGGCCCCCGGGACAUGGCCCUCCGGAGCGCGCAAGGCGACGGCCCCACCUCCGGCCGCUGGGACGGCGGCGCCGAGAAGGCAGACUUUACUGCCAAAAGGAAAAAGAAAGUGGCAGAGAUAUACCAGGCUCUGAACAGUGACCCCACCGAUGUGGCUGCCCUUAGGCGCAUGGCUAUCAGUGAAGGAGGGCUCCUGACUGAUGAGAUCCGACAGAAAGUGUGGCCCAAGCUCCUCAAUGUCAACACCAGUGACCUGCCUCCUAUAUCGGGGAAGGACCUGCGGCAGGUGAGCAAGGACUACCAGCAAGUGCUGCUGGACGUCCGCCGGUCCCUGCGGCGCUUCCCACCCGGCAUGCCAGAGGAGCAGAGGGCGGGGCUCCAGGAGGAGCUGAUCGACAUCAUCCUGGUCGUCUUGGAGCGCAACCCCCAGCUGCAUUACUACCAGGGCUACCAUGACAUCGUGGUCACCUUCCUGCUGGUGGUCGGCGAGAGGCUGGCCACGUCUCUGGUAGAGAAGCUGUCUACCCACCACCUCAGGGAUUUCAUGGACCCGACAAUGGACAACACCAAGCAUAUAUUAAACUGUCUGAUGCCCAUCAUUGACCAGGUGAACCCGGAGCUCCACGAUUUCAUGCAGAGUGCCGAGGUGGGGACCAUCUUCGCCCUCAGCUGGCUCAUCACCUGGUUUGGUCACGUCCUGUCUGACUUCAGACAUGUGGUGCGGUUAUACGACUUCUUCCUGGCCUGCCACCCGCUGAUGCCCAUUUACUUUGCAGCCGUGAUCGUGCUGUAUCGAGAGCAGGAGGUCCUGGAUUGUGACUGUGACAUGGCCUCGGUCCACCACCUGUUGUCCCAGAUCCCUCAGGACCUGCCCUACGAGACCCUGAUCAGUAGAGCUGGAGACCUGUUUGUUCAGUUCCCGCCAUCCAAGCUUGCCCUGGAUGCAGCUGCCCAGCAACAGGCCGAGAAGACGGCAGCCUCCACCUUCAAAGACUUCGAGCUGGCCUCGGCGCAGCAGAGGCCCGACACAGUGCUGCGGCAGCGGUUUCGGGGCCUCCUGCGGCCCGAUGAGCGGACGAAGGACGUCCUGACCAAGCCGAGGACCAACCACUUUGUGAAACUGGCAGUGAUGGGGCUGACGGUGGCACUCGGAGCGGCCGCCCUGGCCGUGGUGAAGAGCGCCCUGGAGUGGGCCCCCAAGUUCCAGCUGCAGCUCUUCCCCUAGACGUCGCAGGGGGCGCAGCCACAGCCGUGACAUUAAGGUCUCACCCUUCCAUGGAAGGAUUGGGAGGGGGUGGAAUUUCCUUUAUUAAAAGGGUUUCUGUCAAGGGUUUUCUAUUCCUGCUGGCCCUCCCUGCCCGCCCGCCGUUUGCCUUUGCUUCAGAGGCCAAGUGCGGAGCCCACCUGGCAUCUGGAGGCCCAGCCGCGGGACUUCUGUCCCUCUCGGGGGGGUGGCGGGGGAGAACGGGUGCACUCAGCGCUCCCCUUCCCCCCCCACUGCCGCCUCUCACGUUGGAGGAACUGGGUUUCUUGAGCGGCCAGCAGUUGUGGGGACCCUCUCGGCUGCCCAGGAGUUAGCAGCAGGCUGGGCCACCGGGCUCCCGGCCCGCCGCUACCCUGGAUCUGCAUGUGGCAGCCGCACAACAAUAGAAGGAGCCGCUGCUGAGCAGGUCCGACCACGGAGUGGAGACGAGACAAGGGGCAGAGGCUGCCGGCCGGGCCCGGCCCCCCUCGCGGGCAGCUCCGCUUGCCGGGCAGAGAUCAGACAGGCGUGAACUGGGUUACUGGGUAAAGCCUGCCUAUUUUCAGUCUAGAAGUCCCUUGGGCAUUUCCAGUCAAACAUGGAGGGACGUCAGGUUGGAGGCCCAGACACAGACUGGCUCUGCCUGCCUUUUCUUUCCCCUCUCUGCUCCCCUGCACACGCCACAUGAUGUUGCUUUUAAAAGACACUUUUACUACCGUUUUUAGAUUACAGGCACCUGACAUAUAAAGUGCCCUCACUUUAAAAAUGAUAGUUCCUUCAUGGGAAAGCUGGUUCUCAUCAGAAGGAUAAGCUUCUGAGCCCCUGAACUUCCUCUCUCCCCAACUAUUUAACAGCUCUCUUGAGCUCGAGUUGCCGUGUGCCAGCCGCUGCGCCCUCCCGGGGUGCCUGCGUGCUCAGCUCUCCUUCCUUCUCGCUGUCCUCAGGCCCCUCCCCUGCCCCGCGUGGGCACCCGCUCACUGCACUGGCUUCAUUGUGGGGGUUCAGUUUGUCUCCUCAACUGCCGGUCUCUCCUUCCUGGUUGGAAGUGUCACUGGAAGCGUGUCGGCAAGCGGAGAGGGGCGCACCGCAGCCUGCCCAGAACAGCCAGCCCCCGCCCCCAGCUGCUUGAGGACCUCCCAGGACUUGGGGACAAGACGGCUCCUUCGGUCCUUCCUGGACAGCUUUUCCCGGAAGCGAAGCCAGGUGUGUUCAAGAUCGACUCUGGCUUGAAAACAAAAGUGCCUUUUUGCUGCCCUAAAGAACUGAGGCGGAGGGUGUGAAGCAGCCAAGGCCGUUUCACUGUCCUGGUCCCUCGGGCACUGUUCUCUUGGCGGGCGUUUUCUUAAAGUGAACAUGCCAGAGGCCCUGUCCCUUGGCAUACCCAGACCACAGAGCGGAGGGCAUCUGGUGCGCCGGGCGGCCAGCGGGCCCGGAGCCGUGAGGAGCGGUGUUGGCGCCGAGUCACGGAAGUGACACUAAGCACUUUAAGACAAAAGGUCCAUGUGAUGGGCCAUUCUCUGUAGGAGGAGUCCCACUCGGGGCAAGUGUAAUGUGGGUAGAUUAAUCUAGACAGUGAGGGGGGAGUCACGAAGACCAGGGGCGGGGCCGUGCCAGCUAGUCCCAGUCUUCUCCCCCAGCAAGUUUGUCCCCUCGUCAUCCUUCCGGCUGGCCGGCAGCACGGGCGCUUCCUGCCCCACCGCUGGGGCCUGGCUGCCGACACGACACGGAAGGAACCGAUGGGCAGGAGGCCAUGUGACCAGGGUCCUGAGGCCACAGCCUUCAGGUCCCAGGAAGCAAGUGGCCCGUGCUUCUGUGCCUGCCUAAGGAGGGGGGUGGUUCAUUGUGUCGCUUUGCUGACAUCAGGGCGCCCCCUGCCAGUGAGAAGAAAGCAUUAUCCUCUUACCUUCAGGGGGUUUACUAUUCUGUAAAGAAUACAUGUAAAUAUUUUGUACCGAGCGCUGUGUAAAAUAAACAGCCGGACGUGGUUACUA